UAGCACAGAAGCGUGUCAACAAACAUGAAUAGACUGGAGUUUGUUUUGAGUCUUGUUGUGGUUGGGAUCGUACUGGUGCUGGCGAAAUCAGAGCAAGCCCUGCCACUAAAUGCCAAGGAUUUCCAGCUGCAAUUCCUGCAAUCCAUUGCCGACGUGGCCGAGCAACGUGCGGAGCUUAGUCUUAAUGCCUAUUUGCAGGAGUUGGCUGAUACGGGCAGGUAUGGGAACUACAGCGCUGAGCUCGCAGCGGCCAAGCAAACCCAUAAGCUUCAGGCCAAGGUGGUGUUAAUCAAGCAAUUGCUGGAUGCGCGCGCCGUAGCCGGAUCUGUGGAGGAGGAUCUGGAGCACACCAGCAUGCUGCGCAAUUUGGUGUUUUUGCGCAAACUGAAGCAGCAGAUGCGGGAAAUGCACGAGGCUAGCGCUCAGGAGAUAAGACAGCUGCGUUUGCAUCGUUUGUGCAAACAGUUUGAGCGGCCGGCAGGCGGCAGUCCAUCUGGAGGCAGCCGUUUAAUUAACGAGCAAACCUUGAAGGCCGCUCUCGAGCAACUGAACUCAACAAAGAGCAAUUCCACGUUGGAGCUGAACAAAUUCGGUCAAGAUUUGUACGAGCGUGUGAAGGUGAAUGGGGCGCAGAUCAUAGACAACUAUUUGCAGAUGUUGCGUGGACUUAUCCAGGAUAUUCUGGAAGCAGGACACGGCAAUCCACAGCUGUUGAAGGUGCUGAACGAUCUGGAGGAGAUUCUAGCCAUUGGCGACUUGUACGAGAAACGGCAGCGCCUCUAUGACUAUCUGGAGCGUCAUUUGAUGGCGGACUACGAGCAAAUGAAUCCUGAGACUAAAGAGAGAAAUUUGGGGGAACUGCUCGAUCAAUUGAAGUCCAAGGGACUUGAUCUCUUCGUCAUCUUUCUCUUCAGCAACUUUGAGUUUCUCGAGCAUGUGCACGAACAAUGGGUGCUGAUGUUGCCCCAGACCUCCAGUCUUCUAUACGAUGACAACACCCGUGAGCUGUACGAUAUACAGCAGCUCUACGACCGCUUCAAGCUGGACACAGAGAGUGCGCCCAAGUAUGAGGCCUAUGUGGGUGCAUUGCGACGUCUCCACGAACGGACAGUGGAGCAGGGAGACCAAAAUCGACAUAUCUUUGAGCUGCUGAACAACGCGGCACAAAAUGUGGGCAGCGUUACUUUUAAUAUGAUCAAGGCCAAGUGCAAGGAGUGGCUUUGAGUGCAAAUAAAAUUAGCUUGUUGAUGUUUUAAGUUCUUAA